AAACUUGUUUCUCUUAGCCGCCAGAGUGACUUCACCUGUUUUAGCCGCCAGAAGAAACUGCAAUACGUAACAUAAGGCAGGCAGGUUCUGACCGCGCUGGUGUACGCGUAGACUGGCUUCUUCUGUUGGCAAGUUGUGAGUCACCAGGCACUGGCCCUCGGCCAGCAAUGACAAAGACAGUUGUGGUGAUCAUCUUACUCGGCACAGUUGUGGGUUACAAGUAUCCCCAAGAGCAAUAUGAUUCUUUACGUGUAGCAAGAUGCACUGCUGCUUGCUGGAGUGUUGAGUCCUCUUCUAGAGAAGGGUGCGUCGAAACUUGUUUGUCGUCCCAUUAUGUGAAGCCAGGACUGUGUCCGAAUGCCUCGUCGCUGUCCGUGUUUGAUGCAGCCUGCAUCGAAGCCUGCAAUGAUGAUCCUGAGUGUACUGGGACGGACAAGUGCUGCUCGCAUAGUUGCGGCGUCACCUGUCAGCGUGCCCAAGGUCUUCAAAACGUUCCAGGUCUGCCGCCGGUCCCGACCAACCUGUCCGUGACGGAGCGACGCAGAGGUCGUACCGUGGCGGUCGAAUGGUUCGCAGGGUCCCAAGAACCAUCGGUACUCGGAAACCCCGUGCUUUUCCUACUUGAAGAGCGACAUCACGUGGGACUCCAUUUCGCAGCUGCUCGCCUAACCAACUGGGUCCCGCGACACCGUUCGUCGCGAACCAACGUGACCUUGAAGAACUCCCUUCGCCCUGGCCACUGGUACCAGUUCCGCGUCGCAGCUGUCAGCGCGGAGGGUACAAGGGGAUUUUCCGAGCCGUCCCUUCCUUUUACCCUCUCAGUUGCUCCGAAGGCGCCCGGUCCACCGCUGAAGCUAUCCGUGGGUUCGCUGGUAAAAGUGAACGGCACUUUGUGGGGAGAGUUAAGCUGGGAACCUCCUGUAUCAGACCUGCCCAUUCAGCGAUACAAAGUGUUUUGGAGUCGGCAACUUCAAGGGGCAACCUCCUCUCUGAUAUCUGUUUUGGUGAGGCAUCAGACAAUCCCACGGGAUGUUAUGAAGUUUGCCCUGAAAAACUUGGAGCCCGAUUCGCUGUAUUUUCUGCAAGUGCAGGCCCUAACACAGUUUGGACAUGAACGACUUAAAGGUGAAAAAGCAGCCAUCUUCCUCAAUACGGCAGAUCAUAUAAAUGUCAGCGAGGUCAACAUUGGAUCUCAUGAUGGAAAUGGUAAGCGAAGUGUUGGCAGAGUAGAAGGACUGAAGGUUCAGAAAUUAUAUUGGAGUCGUGGCCAACUCCUCGCGAAGAUAAUAUGGACACCAAGGCCCAUUAUGAAGGGAGUCUCCUCUCCCAGAUACACAGUUGCGUGGUGGUCAGGACACUGCCAUGGCCCUGGUGUUACCACGCUGCAACCACGAAGCCAGCUAGCUGCAACCACAGAGGUGGCACAGUACGAUCUUUAUGACUUAAGUUUCUGCUGCAAGUAUCGAGUGGCAGUUCGAGAAACAAACCCGGGCGGAGGAAAUGUUCAACACGAGGCUACUCUCAUGUUUAUGACUCCAGCUUGCAGUGAGCUACACGCUUCGAGUUCCAGCCAAGAAAAACCUGAUUGUUCACAGUUUGGCGGCUGUCAGUGAAAAUUUCCUCGUAAAAUGAUCUUCUUGCAAAGAGCUGAAUGGUUUGAAGUGCCAUUGAGAAUGUACUGUUCUUAUGCUAAGUCGUUGAAGUUAAUGGAAUAAUAAGUUAUGAAAUUUCUCUUCUAUAUUAAGUUUAAAAUCUUCGUGCAUACCAGUGCUUUAGAUUUAAGUUACGUAAAGUGUUUCAACAAAAUUUACAUUCAUGUUUGCUCGUAGGAAAAUACAGUGUGUCCAUAAAGUCCCUUCGAGGUUUUGAAAAAUUGUGACGCGCAAACAAAUUGAGCUAGUCACAUGCGGUUUG